ACUCAGGGGUGGAGGAGGCUUUUUACUUAAACAGGAGAUAGUGGUCGAGCAACACAAACACAGCAAUAUCUAUCUUGUGCAAUCUAAGCAAACUCUUAUCUCGACUAUUUCCCUUGUCAUCCCCUUCUUGCUAUUCCCAUAUUAACCCUUACAUCCCCUGUUCCUAUCUAGGCCCUGUAUCACUUUCCCCUACCCCAACCCCUUAAAGACGCGGCUUCAUUUUUCCCGGUGCCCCCCCCAAAAAAAAAAAAAAAAAAAAAAAAGAAAAGAGAAAGCAGCCGCGUGUGCGAGCGCUGUGCCGGGCGGCGCAGGUGUCGGGGCCGCGCCCGCCGCCCGCGCAGCCACUGGCAGCGGCUGCGGCCGCCCCGCGCUGACAUCAGCGGCGGGCAGAGCCCCGCUCCUGCGCCCGGGCGGCGGCGGCGGCGCGCAGGCCGCGGCCGGCCCAGCCAUGGCAGCGGCCCCCGCGUGAGGAGCGCCGCGGCCCUCCCGAGCCGGCUGGCGGGCCGCGGGCUCCUCGCCCACCCAUGGACGUCGCUUCCGAUCCGUAUCUGCCCUACGACGGCGGGGGAGGGGACGGCAUUCCGCUGAGGGAGUUGCACAAACGAGGAACUCAUUAUACAAUGACAAAUGGAGGAAGUAUCAACAGUUCAACACAUCUACUGGAUCUUCUGGAUGAACCAAUUCCUGGAGUAGGAACAUACGAUGACUUCCAUACCAUUGACUGGGUUCGAGAGAAGUGCAAAGACAGAGAAAGGCACAGACGGAUUAACAGCAAGAAGAAAGAAUCAGCAUGGGAGAUGACAAAAAGUUUGUACGAUGCAUGGUCAGGAUGGCUUGUAGUCACACUAACUGGUUUGGCAUCAGGGGCAUUGGCAGGAUUAAUUGACAUUGCUGCUGACUGGAUGACUGACUUGAAGGAAGGCAUUUGCCUUAGUGCUUUGUGGUUUAACCAUGAACAGUGUUGCUGGGGUUCAAAUGAGACCACGUUUGAAGAGAGAGAUAAAUGUCCGCAGUGGAAAACAUGGGCAGAACUAAUAAUUGGGCAAGCAGAAGGUCCGGGUUCAUACAUAAUGAACUACAUAAUGUACAUUUUCUGGGCUUUGAGCUUUGCCUUCUUAGCAGUUUCUCUGGUGAAGGUAUUUGCUCCCUAUGCCUGUGGCUCGGGGAUACCUGAGAUAAAAACUAUUUUGAGUGGCUUCAUCAUCAGAGGUUACUUGGGGAAGUGGACUUUGAUGAUAAAAACAAUUACCUUAGUCUUGGCUGUCGCAUCAGGUUUGAGUUUAGGAAAAGAGGGUCCCUUGGUACAUGUUGCCUGCUGCUGUGGGAAUAUUUUUUCCUACCUCUUUCCAAAGUACAGCACAAAUGAAGCUAAAAAAAGAGAGGUGUUGUCAGCUGCCUCAGCAGCAGGAGUAUCUGUAGCCUUUGGUGCCCCAAUUGGUGGAGUCCUUUUCAGUCUGGAGGAGGUCAGUUACUAUUUCCCACUGAAAACUUUAUGGAGAUCGUUUUUUGCUGCUUUAGUAGCUGCAUUUGUUUUAAGGUCCAUCAAUCCUUUUGGUAAUAGCCGCCUAGUUCUUUUUUAUGUGGAAUAUCACACUCCUUGGUACCUUUUUGAACUGCUACCUUUUAUUCUUCUGGGAGUAUUUGGUGGGCUCUGGGGAGCAUUUUUCAUCCGAGCAAACAUCGCAUGGUGUCGUCGACGCAAAUCUACAAAAUUUGGGAAGUAUCCUGUCCUGGAGGUUAUUAUUGUUGCAGCAAUAACAGCUGUCAUUGCAUUUCCUAAUCCAUAUACAAGGCUAAACACCAGUGAGCUUAUUAAGGAGCUCUUCACAGACUGUGGGCCGUUAGAAUCCUCCUCCCUCUGUGACUACAGAAAUGACAUGAAUGCGAGCAAAAUAGUAGAUGAUAUUCCUGACCGUCCAGCAGGCACUGGAGUCUAUUCAGCUAUAUGGCAAUUGUGUUUAGCACUCAUAUUCAAAAUAAUCAUGACAGUCUUCACCUUUGGUAUCAAGGUUCCAUCUGGGUUGUUCAUACCUAGUAUGGCAAUUGGAGCAAUAGCAGGAAGGAUUGUAGGAAUUGCAGUGGAGCAGCUGGCUUACUACCAUCAUGACUGGUUCAUUUUCAAGGAGUGGUGUGAAGUUGGAGCUGACUGUAUUACACCUGGUCUUUAUGCCAUGGUUGGUGCUGCUGCGUGCUUAGGUGGCGUGACAAGGAUGACUGUGUCCCUGGUAGUUAUUGUCUUUGAGCUAACAGGAGGGCUGGAAUAUAUUGUGCCCUUAAUGGCUGCAGUCAUGACCAGUAAGUGGGUAGGAGAUGCCUUUGGUAGGGAAGGCAUCUAUGAGGCACACAUCCGACUGAAUGGAUAUCCUUUCUUGGAUGCAAAGGAAGAAUUUACUCACACGACACUGGCGGCUGAUGUUAUGAGACCUCGAAGAAGCGACCCACCGCUAGCAGUUCUGACGCAGGAUAACAUGACAGUUGAAGACAUAGAAAACUUGAUCAAUGAAACCAGCUAUAAUGGUUUUCCUGUUAUUAUGUCAAAAGAAUCGCAGAGACUAGUGGGCUUUGCUCUAAGAAGAGAUUUAACUAUUGCAAUAGAAAGUGCUAGGAAGAAGCAGGAAGGAAUUGUUGGCAGUUCCAGGGUCUGUUUUGCCCAGCAUACCCCAUCGCUUCCAGCAGAAAGCCCUCGACCUUUGAAGCUCAGAAGCAUACUUGAUAUGAGCCCUUUCACCGUGACAGACCACACCCCGAUGGAAAUAGUGGUGGAUAUUUUCCGGAAGCUGGGUCUGAGGCAGUGCCUUGUAACACACAACGGGAUUGUCUUGGGGAUCAUCACAAAGAAGAACAUAUUAGAGCAUCUCGAGCAACUAAAGCAGCACGUCGAACCCUUGGCGCCUCCUUGGCAUUAUAACAAAAAAAGAUAUCCUCCGUCAUAUGGCCCAGACGGCAAACCAAGACCCCGCCUCAAUAAUGUUCAACUGAGACCCAUAGCUGAGGAGAGAGAGGAAACGGAAGAGGAGGUUCAUUUGUUGAAUAGCACAACACUUUAGUCUGGGGGAACACUUGUAAAACCCGAGGGCGAGAGCUGGGUUUUCGCGUAGCAGCGCUGCUGGAAAUGGGGGGGGGGGGCCGGUCUGGGGGAGCGUGCGGCGAGGCGGUCGGGCUGGGGGGAGGGCAGGGAGGGCGAGCUGCUGGCCUGCACUGGAUGCGUCCCGAGGCGUCAGGUCUGCCAUGAUAGUGCAGUGGGGGGGGAGCUGGGCGAGGCGCCGCGGUUCGACCAGCCCCGGCCUGGUGCUUCAGCCCCGAGGAGACGUGUUGCCAGUCCCUGUUUCGGGGGGGGGGGGGGUGGGGGUGGGUGUGUGUGUGGAAUCAUCGUCCAGGAUUGAGCCAUCUUGCGGAGACUGAGAGGUCUUGCCCUUUUUGCCAUUGAGAACUGUUGUGUUAACUCACGAAACGUAUUCAUCGUUACACGCCGCCUUUCUACAUUCCAGAAGAGCUUUAUUUCUCUCUCUCCUGAGCCGUAACAAAGCCUCUUUGAAAUCGGCGUGCCCUUCCCAAGCAGUUGUUUCUCAUAUUGAGAUGUACUGCGAGUUACCGAGGUUCGAUCGCAAGAAGGGGGGGGGGUUUUUCCUUGUGCCAUUAAGCGUGUGGGUUUGUACAUCGUGAAGUGGUUGGGGCAGAACGGGGCCACGGCGACAGAAGCAGGUUGAACAGGUAAUGCCUCGCAAGAACCACGCGGGACUUCUUUCAGCCCCUGUGCUGGCGCGACGCGGGGGAAAAACUACAACCGGAUGAAACGAGCGUUUCAAAGGAAAAUACUGGUUUUGCUGCAGAAAAUAUCAAUAAUGUGACCUGGUCUUAUGCAAUUUUUGUAUUAUUGAAAACACUAUGAUAUAUACCAAUGUUGUGCAGUAUAAGGAAAAAUACUGCUAUUCUACUAGUUAAGAGCUGGAACAAUUCUGUAUAUGUGUAUCUGGUAAAAAUUGCAUGCGACAACACUGGAGAUCUCUUUUUUCCCCCCCUGUAAAAUUUGAGAACGGUCGUUUUUCUUUUUUCUUCUCCACAAAAGACGUUCCACUGCUGACAUGGUAGGAAGAAAUGUAACUCAUAACUUGCACUAAAUGUAUAUUAUUUUUCUUGAAGUUUUACCAUUCUUUAUUUAUAUUUGUAUGGAUUUAAAAAAAAUAUAAUCUAUUAAAUAUGAAUCAGUUAAUAUCUCACAUAACUAAUUACCUUUUUAAUGUGAUUUUAUAGAAUAAUUCAUAAUCCUCUGCAAGUAAUGGAGGAUUAGCAAAUGUUUACAACUAGAUGAAGGGUUUAAACAAAAUGGUUUCUUUAUGAUCCAACGUGCAUCUAAGAUCAUUUUCAAAUGUAACUCACUGCCGUUACCUUGAGAUUUCCUUUUUCCUUUACUAGCAGAUAACUGGAACAGUAAUAAUAAAAUUUUAUUUAAAAAAAAAAAAAACUGCAGGGUUUUACAAACAAUAGGAAGAAAGCAACUGUAACUAUUAGAUUGCUUUUGACUUUUUUUUUUCUUUUUUUUUUUUUUUUCCGCCAAGUAUACAGAGGUGUAAAUGAUUUGUAGCCACAGAAGAUGAGCAGCAGGGCAGAAUCAAAUCCAGUACUUGAAACUUUGGCAGGACCAUAAAAUUGAGCACCAACACAUGCUAGCAGGUGAACUAACAGAUCCCUAACUUCUUCAGUUUUUUUCUUUCCAGUCGCUAGAUUAAGUUGUUUCAUAUUCCUUUUAUCAAGCCACCACAAACACAUGCAGAGGAAAAAAGGCGAUAUGUUAUAAGCCUGAUGUAGGGAGGAAAAAAAAUUAAGAAAUCUGGCUGACAAAAAAAUCACGCUUUAUAAUACGGGGUAAGAUAAACUUUCCUUCUUUUAACAAUUAUGCCCACAAGACUGCAAAAAUAUAACUGGUAAAAGUCUAAAAUAAUAACCUGAGAUAUCUCUGAGGCAUUCAUCGCAGUUACCUCAAAUGUCUUUACUCACAACAUACUCGGUAUGAUUUUAUCUUAAGUUCAGAAACAUACUGAACCAAAAUUCUGGUACUUUUGGUAAGCUCCAAAACAUAUGCCUGUGCUUAAGCACGCUGCUGAGCUUUUACUGAUUUUCCUGAGCGUAGAACCGCUCUCUACGUCUCAUCAUCUCAUCUCUCGCAGCAACUGGAACCACUAGAAAGCAAAAUGUGCCAGGGGGCUCGUGGUGAUCAGCCCCUGUGUGAAACAGGUUUGGAACUGAAACCGGGAAUCGGGCUGUGUUAAAACGGGAGUGUUGCAGCAGGCAGCUGCAGCCUCCCACGGGAAGUCGGUGCUCGUGGUUGAAAAUCUGUUGUUACGUUGCCUGAGCCUGAAGAAACUUUACAGAAAGAGCAGGAUUUGGCCCGUUUAGAGAAGGCAGCUCUGGAAGUUGUUUGUGGUGCUGAUUCGUGUUGUCUUAACUUUUUCCUAGAGUGGAAGAAUAUAAAUGCACUACAUGUAUGAAAAUUGCUUUAAAUCAGUUUGAAGCCUCUGCCAUGUCUCAUGUUCUCAUAAAACACCGCUGUGUGUACUGUAUUAACUUGCACCUAAUUCUGCAGACUGUCCUCUCUGAGUUAAAAUACAGUUCACACACCUACUGUGUUUUAGAAUUUCAGUAUGGAUCCCGAGUGCGGCAUAUAAAUUGUGCAUCUGUUUGCUCUUGCCUGCUAUGCUGUUCCUGUUGACAUUUAAAAUGUCUUCUGGUAAACACACACGAGAGGUUCUGAUGACGAAGUGUGCGUGCCUGUGCUGUGCAACAAAAAUUUUCUAAGGUAAAACUUCUAGCGCCUUACUCAAUAAUUCGAAAAAAAAUUGUGGUGGAUGGGAGGGGGAAAGUGUCAGCAUUUUUUUUUUAAAACCAUUCAGUUACUGGUUCAUGAAGAAUGCAUUCUUUGUUAAUCUGUGAUGUUGCCUAGAGCUGUAUUUAAUAUUGAUCUCAAUGUUUUUAUUUAUAAUAGUGUGGUAGAGCUGCAUAUCAUUACAGUAAAAAUUCUGAUUACUGUGAUGAUUUAAUCAAACAUUAAAAACUUCUGUAUGACCA